AUUGUGAGACUCGCCAUUAACAUGCGCUAAACAAUUUAGUUUGGAGUGAGUCAACUGAAAAGAACAAAGAAACUCCGCAAUGGUGGUUUUUGCAGCUAUGACCGGAGCUACCAAAACCCUAAUAGCUCUCUCAAUUCUCUCAUUCCUAUUCAUUCUUUCCAAUUCCUCGUCUUCUCCAGAGAUCCAAGUCCUCAACGCCGAGCGUAGAAUUGACUUGACUUCUCAUAUUAUUAAGGUCUACUUGACUCUGAAGGUUGAGAAUAUCGGGACAGCUUCUGCUUCUGAAGUUCUUCUUGCUUUCCCACCUACUCAAGUUGAUCAUCUUGCGGUGGUUAAAGCACAAGCAGAAGCUGGCAAGCGGAAGAAGAAAACUUAUGUGCCUCUUGAUGUAAAACCAACAGAGCGACCUGAUGCACCAAAUGGAGCUAAAUACUUUACCAUAUAUUUGGUCAAUCCAUUAAAAUCUGGUGAAACUGCCACUCUGGAAGUGUUCUAUAUAUUUACACAUUCUUUGGAACCUUUUCCAGCUGAAAUAAGCCAAUCAGAACCACAGCUGGUAUACUACCGUGAUAGUGCAAUAAUAUUGUCACCAUACCAUAUCAAGAAGCAGACAACUUUUAUCAAGACACCGAGUGCAAAAGUGGAAUCAUUCACUAGAGUGGAACCCACUAACCGUGCUAAUACAGAAGUAAAGUAUGGGCCAUAUGAAGACCGUCCUCCUUAUUCAUUUUCUCCAAUAAUUAUUCAUUUUCAGAAUAACAAUCCAUUUGCUGUUGUUGAGGAGCUUGUGCGCGAAGUCGAGUUAUCUCACUGGGGCAAUCUUCAGAUAACAGAGCAUUACAAGUUGGUUCAUGCUGGUGCUCGACACAAAGGUGUUUUCUCAAGGGUUGAGUAUCAAUCUAGGCCAGGUUCUAGUGGUGCAUCUUCAUUCAAAAACCUUAUAGCAAGACUACCACCUAGGGUGCAUUCUGUCUACUAUCGAGAUGAAAUCGGGAACAUUUCAACAUCUCACUUGCGUCUGGAGUACAAAAAGUCAGAACUUGAAAUUGAACCACGAUAUCCAUUGUUUGGAGGUUGGAAAUCUACCUUUGUCAUUGGGUACGGGCUACCGUUGCAAGAUUUCCUGUUUGAAUCUCCUGAUGGGAAGCGUUACCUCAACUUCAGCUUUGGCUGUCCUCUUGUUGAGACUGUUGUGGACAAGUUGACCAUCAAAAUUGUGCUGCCAGAGGGAUCCAAAGACCCUUUAGCUGUGGUUCCUUUUCCAGUGGAGCAACACUUGGAGAAAAAGUAUACAUACCUAGAUAUCGUUGGCAGGACUGUGGUAGUUUUGGAAAAGAAAAAUGUGGUCCCGGAGCACAACACUUCUUUCCAGGUGUACUACACUUUCAACCAAAUCUUCAUGCUGGCAGAGCCAUUGAUGCUGGUAUCAGUAUUUUUCUUCUUUUUUAUUGCAUGUGUCGCUUACUUACACAUCGAUCUAUCCUUGCACAAGCAAUAGAACACCCCAACAUGGCUAUGAUAUGAGUGCGCAACACACUACUAGCUACGGUACCAAAUUGUUGCUGGAUUCUCUCCUUCGAAUGAUGUCACUUGUCAGCCAAUCUUUCCCAGCUUCAGAUACCGGAGCUAAAAAAGAUCUAGAGAAUUAAUUAUGGACCAUUUUUGUUUAAUUUUAAAAUUUUGAGGGCUUAUGUAGCAAAAGUAGUUCUCAGUCAGAAUUUUGAAGUUGUAAGCAAGACUGAAUUAUUACAUUGAACUGUUGUAUUCAUACAUGAAGUGUAAGAUUCAAGCUUAAAAUAGUUUGUUAUUUUUA